UGUUUCAGCACCUACAUGACUUUAACGGGGCUAAUCCUCAGAUUGUAUAUAAAACGACGCAUUGCAGGAAAUGGACUGCAAACGACCAUUGCCAUUCUGCCAGCCAUGAUCAGGAUUAGCGUGCUCAAUAGCUUCCUUCUACUGAUAGCUGUCCUGUAUUAUGCUACAGAUUCAGUAGAUAGUUUUGAUCCGGCCGGUGAUCAUGAACGUAAAGAGUCAUCACCGAUGUGGUUCGGUCCACGUAUUGGUAGGAAGAAGCGUAACCCGAAAGACAACGAGAUUUUCAUAAAUAGUCCAGACCAGCCGACUGUUAAUCUGUUGGAUAUGCUGCGCGAAACCCCUAUGGUGGUGCUGGCUUUCAGCGAAGCUUUCAAACAGCACAACUUUGUUCCUAGACUGGGCAGGGAGUCAGGCGAGUCUCUGAACGGUUAUCUGGAAAAUAAUGCGGAUGGAGAUGUGGAUUCGCUUUCUUCUAAGCAGCGCCACGUUAAUAAUUUUCCUCCUCGCCUGAACAGGAACACCUACAAUCCCUACUCUCCCAGAUUGGGUAGGGAAAGCGAUCUGCCCUUCAAGUAACUGGGAUUUAAUUACAUUGUGAACAAUUACCAAAUUAACGCUUGGACAUUAUUAACAAUUGUAUGUAUUGUUUAAGUAAAUGAUUAAAAGUUUAUUACUAAA